AUGAUUUCGAUCUCAGGGCCAGAGAGAGGGGGUGGGUCAUCUUUGUGUCAGUUCCAGGGCUUUGCGUUGCAAAUGUUUCCGCUGGCCGAUGUGUUAUGGACAUUAGCAAUGGCACUCGACACCUACCUCGUUGUUUUUCACCAUUUUGAUGCUCAUUAUCUGCGAAAGCUGGAGCCAAAAUACAUUGGCGGCAAUACUACCCUCACCUUUAUACCUGCGCUGGCUUUUCUAUUCAUUCACUCUGAUGAAAAGGGCCCUGUGUAUGGCAGUGAGACCAUCUGGUGCUCAAUAUCGCCAAAGUGGAUACUUCUGCGGCUCAUCUUAUACUACGGCCCAGUCUGGCUCACUUUAGCUGCCGUGCUCUUGUUAUACGCGUUAAUCGGUAUCGAAAUCUCCCGCCUACGCGACGAAUUCAAAUUAACAGACGAUGAACACAUUGUCUUAACCUCUAACAUCUCCUCCGACCCUUCCUCGGACAGCUUCACACCGAAAUCCACCCAAGGCUCAGUGACAACAACUGCUGAAGCCAACCCUCCACUGCAAAACACGAACAAGGUCCAUAGACCAGAAUCGCACAUCACAAGUCAUUCCUCCGUUCAACAAGCCUUUACACCCCGCCCUCCAACAAACAACACACCGAUAACCUACCAACCGUCAAACCAGCGUCGCGUCUCAUUUAAACAAUACAUCCUUAUGCCCUCGCUUUUCUUUCUGGCUUUGUUAGCGACCUGGGUUGCACCUACUAUUAAUCGGGUGUCAACCUUUAUUCACCCGCAGUUCGUGUCAUUUCCGUUGCUAAUUGCGAACCAGAACAACAUUAUUUUCCGUGAUACUACAAUCCGCCAAACUGUAAAAAUCACACUCGGUAUCGCACGAUUUUUCCGCUUACGGUUCUCUAAUGCCUUCGGCACCGAUGACUUGACAAUCACCGAGACGAGUAUUGCACUAGCAAAAGACAAUGUCUGUGGAAGUAGAGUUAUCGACUUGGCGACAGUGCAAAAAGUCACAUUUGACGGUGGGUCGGAAACGACGAUCUCAGGUGGUGCACUGAUCGUUUCCGAUCCAGUGGAUCUCGGAGUUUUGUCGCCGGGCGCGGUACUUUCAAUCAGCAUCUUUCUUGAAUCUGGUCAGGAUAGUCGGACUGGGAUUACUUGCCAUCCCGGGAGUCGGACGAGUUCCUUUUGUGCCCUGGGGAAUCGGGUGUCGGAUUCUGAUUUAAGAGGAUCCGAUGUGGAAGAGCUUGAGCAUUGGUAUUAUAUUUCUGGGAUCGAAAUCCUUGCCCCUCUCAAGACGGGCACAUUGGCUAUUAUCGGUGAUAGUAUCACGGAUGGCCGAUGCAGCACAACGAAUGCAAAUGACCGGUAUGUGACCCAUCCCAGCCUGAGCGAUUUCUCUGACGAAGCAAGGUGGCCGGAUAUGCUGUUCUCUCGCUUUCAAACAUACCCGCCCACAGCCUCGAUCUCAGUUAUCAGCCAAGCAGCAGGUGGAAACAGAAUUCUCACUGAUGGGAUCGGACCGAAUGCGCUCAGUCGGUUGGAUCGGGAUAUCCUGUCUCUCAGAGGCGUGCGCUACGUCCUCCUCUUCGAAGGCGUAAAUGAUAUAGGCUCGGCGGAGCCGGAUGAAGAGAGUCAGAGAUUGAUUGGUGAUCGGCUAAUCGCGGGAUACCGACAGAUUGCUACCAGAGUACAUUCUUGUGGAAUUCGAUUGUUUGCUGCAACUGUCACGCCAUUUGGGCGGAGGGAAGGUGAGGAGGAUGUCGAUCCCGCGAAGGAGGGAUUUACUUGGUAUUCGCAUCCACAGCGAGAAAUCACGAGGCAGAGGGUGAAUGAGUGGAUUCGAAAUAGUGGGACUUUUGACCGGGUAAUUGAUUUCGAUCAGGUUUUACGAGAUGAAAGUCGGGUUUCCGUGUUGGCGGAAAAGUUUGAUUCUGGAGAUCGGUUACAUCCAAAUUUGGAGGCUUUUCAUGCAUUGGCAGAGUCGGUUCCAUUGGGGAUUUUUGAGACUCAAUAUGUGGGAGAGAGGGAGCGUUAUGUACGCAAAAUCCCAAGAAUCAUAUGGUGA